AUGUCGACCAGUGUUCCGAUCUCGCGCACAGCCCAUUCGCCUACCCUCGACGGCGAUGAGACCAUGCGGCAGGCUGUGGAUCUAUUUCGCACACGUAUGGAAGCCACCAACCGAAAAUUUAUCAUAGACCGUAUCUCAGAGAUUUUUGCCCGCGGCCUCGCAACUGAAGAGGAACGAAUUCGCCUGAUGCAGCAGUGGCGACAUUUUGAACUCCUAGGCUGCGGUGGUGGUGACGACAGUAGUGAUCCUCACGCGCGCUCUCUGGGCAAUCAGAUCCGGCAAACACGGCAGUUGGCGGCUAUACCUACCCUACUAGAGGGCGAUACCCGUCCUCUAUUCGCAAUGGGCGGACUCUAUCCGCCACUGCUCUGUACACGAGAGGCCCGCCAGAUCUUCCUUGACACGCUCCAGGAAGUGUUCCAGCGACAGGCAGAUGAGUGGUCUACCGAGGAGGGCGAGAAUCUAGCGGUCAUCCCGCGCUGCGAAGAGCUCGGUCAGCUCCUAGCGUAUACACACGCUAUAGAAGACCCGGACUUUCGUCAGUCGGGUAUCGCCCCUUUCGAGGCUGGGCUAUCAGUAUUGAAUAGCGUUGGUUCUCAGCCUUGCCUGGAUACGCCGGAGCAGCGUGAUCAGUAUCACUCGCUUGUACGUAAUGAAUGCAGACGGCUACGGGAGCGUCUCGAGACGAAGGAUACCUCGGAUUUGAUCAACAAGGCCCUAAUUGGGGCCAGUCCGGAUAUCGAUCUAGACGUACGUGCGGGCGUGGUCAUGGGUACAGGCUAUGCUGUGGAGACUGAGACCCGUGUUUGGUAUAGCACAUACCUCUACUGCCGAUUGGACCCCGAUGAGGAUGCCCCUUGGCUUGAGGAGUCUAAUGGGAGCACCCCGAAUACUCCAAACAUCCAGAACGCUCUGAAUAUCCCAGACUCUCCAAACAUUCAUGAGUGGGGGUGGCGCGUUGUUUUUAUAGAAGAGGAAGGGGAUGGUGUGUUAUCGCCGCAGGUGCUUAACGGACGGAGGCCGCGCUUUGACUCGAUUCCGGAGUUUCUGGAUUGGUACGCGAGCUGGCCAGACCACUUGGAUGCCCGAGGGCUACUCAGUCUACGCCGCCAUGCGGUAGGGUGUGAUACAGAUUGCGAGUCCGAAUGUGAGGAACACAACCUUGGUGGACCUUGGCGACCAUAA